AUGGCGGACCGAGAGGCGUCGCCGAUCCCGUUGGAGAUCCGAGCCCGGCUGGCGGAGCUGGAGCUGGAGCUGUCAGAGGGGGACAUCACUCAGAAGGGUUAUGAGAAGAAGAGGUCCAAGCUGAUCAGGGCAUAUGUUCCUCAUGCUGGAGGUAUGGAGGGUCCCAUGUCCCACCGGGCUCCACUCGGACCUCCGUCUGCCGCCAGGUUCCACCGACGGAGAACCUCCGGCACCAGAGACGAGCGCUACCGAUCAGACGUCCACACCGAGGCGGUUCAGGCCGUGCUGGCGCGACACGUGGAGAGGAAGGUGGCCGUGCCGAUGCCCUCGAAGCGCCGCUCGCUGGUGGUCCAGACCUCCAUGGACGCCUACACGCCUCCAGGCCUGUCCCCCCUGUGCUCAGACUCGUCGUCGGGCUCCGAGGAGGAGGCGGGGCCAGGCGACGACAUGUCGGGCAUGGAGCACUGGAUGAGCCGGCCCUCGCAGCUCGGCCCCGCCCACCUGGGCUCCACCUCCUCCUCGUCCUCGUCCACGCAGAGCGGCGGCAGCGGGAACGCCGGGCGGCUGGCCGACUCGCUGGCGCACACGCACAUCUCGCACCUGGCGCACACGCACCUGGCGCACACGCACCUGGGCCAGUCGCACCACCAGCAGAGCCACCUGUCGCAGUCGCACCACGGUAUCGGCCACCUGUCCCUGAAGAGGAAGGGCGCCCUGAGCGUGGCGGAGAACGGCGGGUCUCUGCGGCGAUCCUGCGAGUUUGGAUCCGACAUGCUGUGGCCGCCGCCGCUGGAGUCGGACGAAAACCACUCGGCCCCUCCGGACGUGACGGGCUACUCGUCAGACUCGUCCCACUCCCACACCGAGCGCCACCACAUGGCCAACAUGGGCACGAUCGCCAGGAACACGCAGAAGUACGGCAACGCGGAGCGCAUGGAGACCGGCGACGGAGUUCCGGUCAGCAGCCGUGUGUCGGCCAAGAUCCAGCAGCUCGUGAACACGCUGAAGCAGCCGCGCAGACCUCCGCUGCGGGAGUUCUUCGUCGACGACUUCGAUGAGCUUCUGGAAGUCCAGCAGCCGGACCCCAACCAGCCCCGACCGGAGGGGGCCGAGAUGAUGCCGGUCCGAGGGGAGGCUCUGGGGGUCGUCACCAACUGGCCUCCGUCCCUGGAGGCGGCGCUCCAGCGCUGGGGCACCAUCUCCCCUAAAGCCCCCUGCCUCACCAGCCUGGACACGGCCGGGAAGCCCCUCUACGUGCUCACAUACGGGAAGCUGUGGUCUCGCAGCAUCAAGCUUGCCUACAACAUCCUCCACAAACUGGGCAGCAAGCAGGAGCCGAUGGUGCGACCGGGAGACCGGGUGGCGCUGGUGUUCCCCAACAACGACCCGGUGGCCUUCAUGGUGGCCUUCUACGGCUGUCUGCUGGCCGAGGUGGUCCCGGUUCCCAUCGAGGUGCCGCUGAGCCGCAAGGAUGCCGGCAGCCAGCAGAUCGGAUUCCUAUUGGGCAGCUGCGGCGUUACCGUGGCGCUGACCAGCGAUGCCUGCCACAAGGGCCUCCCCAAGAGCGCAACAGGAGAGAUCCCUCAGUUCAAAGGUUGGCCCAAGCUGCUGUGGUUUGUGACCGAGUCGAAGCAUCUUUCCAAACCGCCCAGAGACUGGUUCCCUCACAUCAAGGACGCCAACAACGACACGGCUUACAUAGAGUAUAAGACCUGUAAGGACGGCAGCGUUCUGGGCGUCACCGUGACCAGGAUCGCUCUGCUCACCCACUGCCAGGCGCUCACCCAGUCCUGCAGCUACACCGAAGCUGAGACCAUCGUGAACGUCUUGGACUUCAAGAAGGACGUCGGGCUGUGGCACGGCAUCCUGACGAGUGUGAUGAACAUGAUGCACGUGAUCAGCGUUCCCUACUCGCUGAUGAAGGUCAACCCGCUGUCGUGGAUCCAGAAAGUCUGCCAGUACAAAGCCAAGGUGGCCUGUGUGAAGUCCAGAGACAUGCACUGGGCUCUGGUGGCCCACAAAGACCAGAAGGACAUCAACCUGAGCUCGCUGCGCAUGCUGCUGGUGGCCGACGGAUCAAACCCCUGGUCCAUCUCCUCCUGCGACGCCUUCCUCAACGUCUUUCAGACCAAAGGGCUGAGAGCCGAUGUCAUCUGUCCCUGCGCCAGCUCCCCCGAGGCCCUGACGGUGGCCAUCAGGAGGCCGGUGGAGGACAGCAGCCAGCCUCCGGGCCGAGGCGUCCUGUCCAUGCAGGGUCUGAGCUAUGGAGUGGUCAGGGUGGACACCGAGGAGCGUCUGUCGGUGCUGACGGUGCAGGACGUGGGCACCGUCACACCAGGAGGCCUGGUCUGUGUGGUGAAGCCUGAAGGCGUCCCUCAGCUCUGUCAGACCGACGAGAUCGGAGAACUCUGCGUCUGCUCCAUCGCCACCGGGACGUCCUACUACGGCCUGACGGGGAUGACCAAGAACACCUUCGAGGUUUACCCGGUGAGCUCCGGCGGCGGCCUGAUCAGCGAGUACGCCUUCGUCCGCACCGGCCUGCUGGGCUUCAUCGGCCCCGGCGGCCUCGUCUUCAUCACCGGCAAGAUGGACGGGCUGAUCAUGGUGAGCGGCCGCCGGCACAACGCCGACGACAUCGUGGCCACGGCGCUGGCGGUGGAGCCCAUGAAGUUCGUGUACCGGGGCAGGAUAGCGGUGUUCUCGGUGACGGUGCUGAGGGACGAGAGGAUCGUGGUGGUGGCCGAGCAGAGGCCCGACUCCACGGAGGAGGACAGCUUCCAGUGGAUGAGCCGCGUCCUGCAGGCCAUAGACAGCAUCCACGGGGUGGGCGUCUUCUGCCUGGCUCUGGUUCCGGCCAACACCCUCCCCAAGACUCCUCUGGGCGGCAUCCACCUGUCCGAGAUCAAGCAGCUGUACCUGGAGGGCGGGCUGCACCCCUGCAACGUCCUCAUGUGCCCCCACACCUGCGUCACCAACCUGCCCAAGCCCCGGCAGAAACAGCCAGAGAUCGGACCCGCCUCUGUGAUGGUGGGUAAUCUGGUGUCGGGGAAGAGGAUCGCUCAGGCCAGCGGCAGAGACCUGGGCCAGACCGACGACAACGACCAGUUCCUGUUCCUGUCGGAGGUUUUGCAGUGGAGAGCUCAGACUACACCGGAUCACGUCCUCUACACCCUCCUCAGCUCUCGGGGGGCGGUGUCGAGCUCCCUCACCUGCCUGCAGCUGCAUAAGAGGGCCGAGCGAGUGGCGGCGCUGCUGAUGGAGAGGGGAGGCCUGCAGGAGGGAGACCACGUCGCUCUGGUUUACCCACCAGGUAUUGACCUGAUCGCGGCCUUCUACGGCUGCCUGUACGCCGGCUGCGUUCCCAUCACGGUGCGGCCGCCUCACCCUCAGAACAUCUCCACCACGCUGCCCACCGUCAAGAUGAUCGUGGAGGUGAGCCACUCGGCCUGCGUGAUGACCACGGCGGUCAUCUGUAAGCUGCUGCGCUCCAAAGAGGCCAUGGCCACUGUGGACAUCAGGAACUGGCCUCCCGUCCUGGACACCGAUGACCUGCCAAAGAAGAAGCCUCCGGCCCUCUAUAAGCCCACCAACCCCGACGGUCUGGCCUAUCUGGACUUCAGCGUGUCCACGACCGGGAUGCUGGCCGGAGUUCAGAUGUCCCACAAUGCAGUGGGGGCCUUCUGCCGGUCGGUGAAGCUGCAGUGUGAGCUCUACCCGUCCAGAGAGGUGGCCAUCUGCCUGGAUCCCUACUGCGGCCUGGGCUUCGUCCUCUGGUGUCUGUGCAGCGUCUACUCGGGCCACCAGUCCAUCCUGAUCCCUCCGGUGGAGCUGGAGUCCAACCCGGCGCUGUGGCUGCUGGCCGUCAGCCAGCUGAGGGUGCGCGACACCUUCUGCUCCUACAGCGUCAUGGAGCUCUGCACCAAAGGACUCGGCCUGCAGACCGAAGCGCUCAAG